AUGAUACUAUCUCGUAGCUCAGCACAACAAACGAUACAGCAGCAGCAGCAGCUACAGCAGGAGCAGCAACAACAGCAGCAGCAGCAGCAACAGCAGCAGCAGCAGCAGCAGCAGCAACAGCAGCAACAGCAGCAGCAGCAACAGCAGCAGCAACAACACCAGCAGCAGCAACAACGGCAACAGCAGCAGCAGCAACAGCAGCGGGAACGGCAGCAGCUGGAGUUGCUGCAGCUUGAAAUGCAACAAUAG